ACUAUGCCCGUGUCGAAGGCAGAGAAAUAAUUUCCAACUUAGCCAAGGCUGCAGGAUUGGCGACAAUGAUUUCCACAAUGAGGCCUGACAUUGAUAAUAUCGAUGAAUACGUACGCAACACAACAGCCAGAGCAUUUGCUGUUGUCGCGUCCGCUCUUGGGAUCCCUUCGUUACUUCCCUUCUUAAAGGCCGUUUGUCGCAGCAAGAAAUCCUGGCAAGCGAGACACACUGGUAUCAAGAUCGUGCAACAAAUAGCUAUUCUCAUGGGUUGUGCAAUUCUGCCACAUUUGAAAAGCUUAGUAGAGAUUAUUGAACAUGGUUUGGUGGAUGAACAACAGAAAGUACGAACAAUUACUGCGUUAGCCAUCGCCGCAUUGGCUGAAGCCGCAACACCGUAUGGUAUCGAAAGUUUCGACUCGGUACUGAAACCUCUGUGGAAAGGUAUCCGCACGCAUAGAGGUAAAGGUUUAGCAGCGUUCCUAAAAGCUAUCGGUUAUCUCAUCCCUCUCAUGGACGCGGAAUAUGCGAAUUAUUAUACUAGGGAAGUAAUGCUUAUCCUUAUACGUGAAUUCCAGUCACCCGACGAGGAAAUGAAAAAGAUUGUGUUAAAGGUAGUCAAGCAAUGUUGCGGAACAGAUGGUGUGGAGGCACAGUAUAUAAAAGACGAAAUUCUACCUCAUUUUUUUAAACAUUUUUGGAACCAUCGUAUGGCAUUGGAUCGCAGAAAUUACAGACAGCUUGUAGAUACUACAGUCGAA